AUGACCUCUCUGCAUUACGCCGCAUCGAUCCCGAGCCUCCACCUCUUAAGCAAGUGCAAGAGCAUCGAUUCACUGCGGAAAGCUCACACGAUCUUAACUAGGAAUGGACUCAUGUCUGACAUCUCUCGUGCAACAAAGCUCCUGUUAUCACCAGAACAGAACAGAGAGAGUUUCGAAGUCGUAAAGUUUCAAGUUCUUCACUACCAAGUUGGGCAGAAGUAUGAGCCUCACUAUGAUUAUUUCUUAGAUGAGUUCAACACCAAGAACGGUGGACAACGUAUAGCUACUGUACUUAUGUACCUCUCGGAUGUUGAUGACGGUGGCGAGACAGUGUUCCCUGCUGCGAAAGGAAACAUUAGUGCAGUCCAAUGGUGGAACGAGCUAUCGAAAUGUGGGAAAGAAGGACUCCAUGUUCUACCAAAGAAGAGAGAUGCUUUACUUUUCUGGAACAUGAGGCAUGAUGCUUCUCUAGACCCUUCCAAUGGAUGUCCAGUGGUGAAAGGAAACAAUUGGUCAUCCACGAAAUGGUUCCACGUCCACGAGUUCAAAGUCUAA